CAAUUUCUAACAAAACACCCAAAAUACAUAUAUAUCCUUCUUCCUUCUAAUUUCUAUCAAAGCCAGAGCAAAUAUGGGGCGGAUACCUUUCUUUCUCAUUUUCUUCCUCUUCCUUUCUCUACCUAAUUCAUCUUUCUCUUCUUUUUCUUUUAAUUCAUCUACGCUUCUUUGCCUUUCCGACCAAAGCUCUGCUUUGCUCCAUUUCAGAAACUCUUUUUCUGUCGGUCGUUCUUUUUUGAUUUGCGAUUCGUUUUCUUAUUAUCCUCCGAAGAAUUCGUGGAAAAUGGGUACAGAUUGUUGUGGGUGGUAUGGGGUCACCUGUGAUACGAUGACAGGUCAUGUCAUUGGUCUCGACCUCAGUUGCAGUCGGCUUCAUGGUCCCAUCCAUCCCAAUAGCACCCUUUUCUCUCUUCGCCAUCUCCAGAGGCUCAACCUUGCUUACAACGAUUUCCAUGGCUCCACAAUUUCAUCUAAAUUUGGUGGCUUUGCAAACAUGACGCAUCUCAACCUCGCUGGCUUCUCCGUUGCGGGCUCCUCCGUUUCUGGCCCCUACAUUCCUGACUUCUCCAUUCCUGGCUCCUCCUUUGCUGGUAAUGUCCCUUCCGAAAUCUCCCACUUAUCCAAACUGGUUUCACUUGAUCUCUCUUCGAAUAUUGACAUGAGAAUAGAAACGCCUAAUUUGAAAAGUCUAAUUCAAAACCUAACCCAUCUAACUGAACUUGUUUUAUAUGGGAUUGAUAUGUCUUCUGUUUCAACUAAUUGUCUCACGAAUUUGUCGUCUUCUUUAACAUCUCUUCGUCUUACUUAUUGCCAAUUGAAAGGGAAAUUUCCAGAUAAUAUAUUCCACCUUCCAAACCUCCAGAUGCUCCGUGUAGGUUCCAACUACAAUCUCACUGGUUCCUUUCCAACUUAUAACUGGAGUACUUCUCUCAAGUUCUUAGUUCUCUCUGAAACCAAAUUCUCAAUUGACUUACCUUAUUUAAGCAGCAACCUCAAGUCCUUAAAACAGUUGUAUGUUGGUGGAUGCAAUUUCAUAGGUUCAUCGUAUCCAACAUUUCUUUCAAAUCUCACACAGAUAACUCAUUUGGGCCUUCCAUAUAGUAACUUUGGUGGUCAGUGUCCAUGGUCCCUCCUAAACAUUACAGGACUUACUCUCUUGGAUCUCUCAUACAACAAUUUCACAGGGCAACUUCCGGACUUCUCUUCAAAUAAUUCAUCUAAUAGUCAACUAGUCAGCAAGAUUCCUUCCAAUCUAGAAUAUCUCAUCUUAUCUGGUAAUUUAUUGACUGGGACAAUACCAUCUUGGGUGUAUACAAUACCAUCUUUGCGUCACUUACAUCUUGAUCAUAACCAAUUCACUGGGCAUAUUGGUGAAUUCCAGCAUAACUCAUUAGUUUCUCUAAAUGUUUCCUUCAAUAAUUUUAGUGGCAAUGUGGAGUCAAAAAUAUUCUCAAAGCUCAAACGUCUUCUAUAUCUUGAUAUGUCAAAUAAUCCUCACCUAUCACUACACUCCUUCACAUCUGCCACCAAUAUUUUGUCCAAAAUUUACUGGUUACAAUUGUCUUCUUCCAACAUAACCGAAAUUCCACAGUUUUUACGAACUGCAAAAUAUAUAGCAUACUUAGACCUUUCCAACAACCAUAUCAAAGGCAAUAUUCCAUCCUGGGUAAUGGAGGUGGGAAAGGAUUCAUUGUAUUACUUUUCAGUCUCAAGGAAUAAUUUAACUGGACACAUCCCUUCCUUGAUUUGCAAUCUCAGUUCCCUCAUUUACCUUGAUUUCUCUUAUAAUCACUUGAAUAACAUGAUUCCUCAAUGUUUGGGAAAGUUAAGUGAUAAUCUCAAAAACUUGAAUUUACAAAGUAACAAUCUUAAUGGCACUGUCCCAGCAACAUUUGCAAAGGGAUGUCAAUUGAGAAGUCUGAAACUCAAUGGCAACCAAUUGGAAGGGGCAUUGCCACAAUCAUUGGUCCAUUGUAGAAAGUUGGAAGUUCUGGAUUUUGGUAACAACAAGAUUAGUGGAACCUUUCCUUGUUGGUUGGAAAGUCUUUCAGAGUUGUGCGUUCUUGUCUUGCGAUCAAACAACUUUCAUGGUGCCAUAGGCAAUCCCAAGACCAAAUUCCCGUUCCCUAAUUUGCGAAUCAUAGACCUCUCUCACAACAAGUUCCAUGGUCUUUUGCCAACAAAAUUUUUCAUGUAUUUAAAAGCCAUGAUGAAUGUGAGUGCAGACAAAGGUGAAUUGAAAUAUAUGGGUGAUGAUUAUUAUCAAGAUUCUGUGACAGUGGUGAUGAAAGGGCUUUCCAUUGAAUUGGUAAAAAUCCAAAGUCUAUUCACAACCAUUGAUUUUUCCAACAAUAAUUUCAAAGGAGAAAUUCCAAAGGCAAUUGUAGAGCUUCGGUCACUGAAGGGGCUUAAUUUUUCACACAAUAAUCUUUCAGGUCAUGUACCUCCAUCGUUGGGAAAUUUAACCAAUCUUGAAUGGCUAGAUCUCUCCUCAAACAAGCUCACAGGUGAAAUUCCUAUACAAUUGGCAGAUCUGACAAUGCUAGCAUUUUUAAACCUAUCAGAAAAUUAUCUUUUUGGACAUAUGCCCCAAGGUAAACAAUUCAAUACCUUUAUGAAUGAUUCUUACUAUGGGAACCUUGGGUUAUGUGGAUUUCCAAUGACAAAAGCUUGUGGCAAUGAUGAGGGACAACAACCAUCGCCAUCAUCAACCAUUCAAGAAGAUGAUUUCGAAUUUGAAAAUGGGUUUCAUUGGAAAGUUGUAUUGUUGGGGUAUGGUUGUGGAUUCAUGUUUGGAUUGGGUUUGGGUUAUCUUGUGUUCUCAAGUGGAAAACCGAAAUGGCUAGUGAAUAUUGUUUAUGGAGGAAGACAUAACAAGUUACAAAGAUCCUAGGAGAAUGCUCGUGGACGAACUCAUUGAAGAAGAAUUUAGUGGAUACAAAUACUGAUUCUAGGCUGGUGGCCCUUUCUAUCUCUCUAACAGGAUGGAGGGACAGCAUUCAUUCAUAGUUUAGAUCAUUGGCUGACAUUCCAUGACCACGUGAUGAUAAAAAAUUCGUUGUGGUGCUUCGAUCCUUUUUGAUGACAACAAUUGUAAUAAAAACCAUUUCAGACCUUGAGGGUUUCAAUAAAAUUGAUUUCAUCAAGGAGGAGCUUGAAAAGGCUUGUCCAGGGGUAGUUUCAUACGUUGAUAUUGUUUCUAUUGCCACAAGAGAUGGCAUUAUGUUGGUCUAAAAUUUCAAAAAAUUCAAAAAAAAAAAGGAAAAAGAAGAAAGAAAGAAAAGAGAAAUACUUUUCUUAUUCCAAAUUCUGUUAAACUGACAGUAAAGAACAACUCUUGGAAAGUUUGAUGAUGUGCUUGGGCCCAGAUGCCACUGUUUGCCUUGGGUUUUGGGACAGUAGUUAGCUGGCCACCUCAUUGUGCGUGCAGCAGCUGGAUGUUUGAUGUGAAACAAAGACAAAAGUUAUUAAGUGUUCCGAAGUUGGUGUUGGAUUCUAUUUUUGAACAAAAGAAUGAGAUUGUGAUAGCCGUGGAAGAGGAACUUGAAAGGCCAUGUCAGCUUAUGGAUUUGAGAUUGUUCAAACGCUCAUUGUGGACACUGAACCUGAUGAACAUGUGAAGAAGGCUAUAAGCGAGGUAAAUGCGGGCUUGUGGCCCCUUUCUAUCCAGUGUUAACAGGCCGAGCAUUCCUUCAUACCUCAACAAAGCACUGCCUAAGAUUCCAUGACCGGAUGAUUAUAUUAUACAGACACUUUACCUUUUUGGCAUUAGAGGUUUUGAUGAAAGAGAAAUAGUCUAUCUUUUAGGUGCACACAAAAUUGGGAAGAUUGGCUGUGAGUUCAUACACAAACACCUUUAUGACUGCAAGGGUACAGGGCAGCCUGACCCAACCAUAGCUUCUGAUUUCCUCACUGACAUGAGAAUGAGGUGCCAAGACAGUAAUAGGACCACCACUCAGCCUUCUUCUUAACCCAUGUAAUCAUUGGAAAUGAGUGAGUCUGCAUGAAUUCACAGCCAGUCAUUAGAAAGAGGAGAAGACCCCUUUUUGCUGAUCAGCAAUAGCUAGCUAAUGAGAAGACCACAAGACUGGUAAGGGCCUAUGCUUCAGAUGACAGAUCAACCAACCACAAGACUGGACUUUGCAUGGGCAAUGAUGAAGAUUUGGCUGGAUCUCAAGGCUGGUGGCUAACGUGAUGGAGGGAUAGCAUUCAUUCAUAAUUUAGAUCACUGGCUGACAUUCCAUGACUAGAUGAUGAUAAAAAAUUGGCUGUGGUGCUUUGGUCCUUUUUGAUGACAACAAUUGUAACAAAAACCAUUUCAAACCUUGAGGGUUUUCAAUAAGAUUGAUUUCAUCAAGGAGGAGCUUGAAAAGGCUUGUCCAAGGGUAGUUUCAUGUGCUGAUAUUGUUUCUAUUGCCAUAAGAGAUGGCAUUAUGCUGGUCUGUUCUUGAUCCUUAAUCUUCCUAUUCUCUCUCUCUCUUUAAAGAUAUUUUUAUUAAUAUCCAGAGUCCUUUAGAAACACUUUAAGGUUUAGGAUUUGAUGAUUGUUUGUGGACAAUGAUUCUUGAAUGAAACGUGGGUAAAAUGUAAGAAACAAACUUUAAAAGAGUUGGUACCUCUUUACAUUUUUUUUGUCGAGAGGAGUCUAUAAAGUACAUAUUAGUUGUGGGGAAAGUUUAGAAAGUUAAUGAAUUGAGAAUAUGUUCCUAGUGAUUUUUGCUAUUUUGGUUUCCACAAAUUGUUAGUCACCUUUAAUUGGCCAACUACUUGUUUCAAGCAUUUUUUAAUUUAUGGUUUUUUAAUUUAAAGAAAGAAAAGAGAAAUACUUUUCUUAUUCCAAAUUCUGUUAAACUGAUUGUAAAGAAUAGCUCUUGGGAAGUUUGAUGAUGUGCUUAGGCCUAAAUGCAGUUAGCUGGCCACCUUUCAUUGCGUGUGCAGCAUCUGGAUGUUUGAUGUGAAACAAAGACAAAAGUUUUGUUGCAUAUUUGUUUUUGCCUUGAUUUCUCAUUUCUUUUUCUUCUUAGGAAUUUAGCUGGAACAUGCUUAUAAACUAUUGUGUUGUAUGAUAGCCACAUAGUAUCAUUGGGUCCUAGAGGGAUUUAAUUUUUUUGAAUUAGUAAUAGUGUGAACAAAAGAUUCAUAUACUUUGGAAAUUAUAUGGGAACACAAAGGUAACAUUUUAAAUUUACAUUUUACAAUAUUUUUCUAUUUUGUAGCAAUCAGAGAGAUUAAAACAUUCAAUUUGUCUCAGUAUAAAUGUCUUUACUUCUUUUCUGGGUUUGAAGCAAGGGAACCCAAAACUGACCAACUAGUUGUUUCAUGCACUUUUUAGUUAAGGUUUUUCAAAUCUAAAAUGUCAAAAAAUUAAAAAAUAAAUAAAUGAAAUACUUUUCUUAUUCUAAUUUUUGUUAAACUGACAAUCAAGAACAGCUCUAUAUUGAUAACUCUUUUAUUGGAGUUCUCUGAUGUAAACUACUAUACAGGACAUCACAGGCUAGAUAGCAUUCUUUCAUAUUUCAAUAGGUACCUAAUCUUAGGCGUCUUGGCCUCUUUGAUCAUCUGAGGGUGCACAGAAAACUGGGAAGAUUGGCUAUGAAUUCAUACAGAAACAUCUCUCUGACUUCAAGGGGACAGGGUAGCCAAACCCAACUAUAACUCUUGAUUUCCUCACUAAGAAGAGAAUGAGGUGCCAAGACAGUAAUAGGACCACCACUCAGCCUUCUUCUUCAUCCAUGGCUUCAUUGGAAAUUAGUGAAUCUGCAGUGGGGGAUGUCAUAUUUGCAGGCUUUGUCAUCUUCAAUAUCAUCUGGGGUAGGUUUUGGCACUCACUACUAUCAGAGCUUUUUAACAGGGAGAGGACUCCUUUUUGCCAAUCAACAAUUGAUGGCUAAUGAGGAGUCCUCAAGAUUGGUAAGGGCUUAUGCUUCAAAUGCCUGAUUAAUCUUUCGAAUGGACUUUGCUCGGGUGAUGUUGAAGAUGUCAGGUCUUAAUAUUCUGACUAGAUCUCAAGGUCUAGUCCAACAAAACUACUUCUUGGCCUUGGUUUGACUUACCUGCACAAACCAUCACCCUAGAGAUUCAGAAAGAUCUGCGUUUACUGAAGCAUCCUUAGGCUCUCUGUAACUUGUAAGCAACAUCCUUAGUGAGAGGGAUUUACCCUGCACCAUAUGAAGAUGAUUUUCCAGGGAUAUAAAUGUUAUCUUUGAGAAGUGCCAUUGAUCUGAAGAGACACUACAAGAAGGGUGAUUCAAAAUCCAAAACAUUGCCAAGUAUUUCCUGAUCAGGACGGUGAUAUAGUCAGCGUCAGACUUCUUCACAGGUAGACUAACGAGGAAGGAGAGAAAAAGAACAAUUGCAACUGAGUUGUUAUCUGAUUGUACCCUUGCUGAUUACAGGAAGUGCAAGUUUCAAGAGAUAGAAGAAAAGAAUCAACCGGGGGGAAUGAGAAAUGGAAGAUAAAAGGUCAGCAGUUGCAGAAGCGUGCAAAGCAAAGAAGGCAUUGAAAUAUCUUCACCAUUUUUUGUCAGAUAUUUCGACAUUUAUAGAGCACAUUGGAAAGAGUAUAGUAUCAAGAUCAACCCAGAGAAAUAUUUGAUAAACUAUGAUAAUUUUACCUAGUGACAUGAGAAACAGAAUCCACUGAACUGAUUUAUAAUUCAUAGCUAUAUUCACAUGUGCCGUUUCUCUU